UGAAUUCGUGCUGUGUCGUAAUCAUGGUGGUUAUUUAAUGCGUUAUCGCAGGUGGUGCUAACACAUGCGUGUUCUGGAACAUGGAUGAUUAUCCAAUCCCUAAAGAUAUGAAGCCUAAUAUGAUUUACUUGAACAUUCGAUCAGCUCUAGAGAGAAUGGGUUAUCAUUGUGGGGAUUCUAAAAUCAUGGCUUUUGCUGACAAGAUUAAGCUUGACGAUAUCGUGUUAGAUGAAUAUUUCGAUGCCGGCAUAUGUUACUACCAAUCACACAACUUUCCAGAUAUUAGAAUGUUAUGGGAAUUGAUUUUUGGAUUGGGCGAUGAAAAAAAACCAGCAAAUUUGAUGGUAAUCUCAAAAAGUUUCCUUGAAGACAAGGAGACGAAAAGAGUUAUUUGGGCUGUGAAAGCAAGAGGGUUCAAUGUUCUCUUAGUACAGCCUCAACCUCAGCAUGAAAGCAGCCAAGCAAUAUCAGAACAGACAUUUCUUCAUGAUCCAGACCUGCUAUGUUGCUCUACGUAUCUAUUAGAUGGACGAAAGGCUAUGGACCAAAGUGAAGGAGCAACCUUAUCUUCUUCUUCUUCACUAGUUGUCAAUAAUACUUGUCGCUCACGCUACCAAGAUUUCUCUGAGCCUACCAAAACUGUCCCAGGGAGUAAGACAGGUGUCUUCUGGGACACAAACGAGUGCCCAUUCCCCUAUGAUCUUGAUCCUGAAACCAUAAUUGAGAGAAUCAAAUUGGCUCAUCAACGUGUUACCGAUGGUGUGAUGUCAAGAUGGGUUUAUUAUGCUGAGGAGAUACCCUUCUCGGAUGAAAAAAUACUUGAUCAGUUUCACAAAUCCAGAAUCUAUUUCGUUCCCCAAGUUCCCGGGGAUAAAACUGCGAGAGUUGUUAGGAUGGUACAUGACACUCAACUAUGGGAACUGGACUGUCCUCUAGACUAUCGUAAACAAUCGAAUGUGAUUGUAAUCUCAAAUGACAUCAGCUGCCAAGGAGACAUUGACUUCCACACUCGUCUUAACUUCCACACUCGUCUUAACUUUAUGUAUGCGAGAGGUUACAAUGUUUUCUUAGUACAGCCUAUGGAUAUCGCACAAGAAAAGCUCACUGCCCCUGAUUGGCCUAGAGGGAUACUAGAUAACGCUUUGGAUUUCAGAAUAACCGUAGUAAGUACUAAUAAUAGGUGCAAGAAGAAGAAGAAGAAGAAGAUAAAGAAACAUAAGGAGGAGGCAGCGGAAACGCCACAAGUCGAGACCAUGAUCAGACAAGAUUUCUCCAAGCCUCUCCAACCAGUUUCAGGGACUAGGCUAGGCGUCUUCUGGGACCUCACUGAUUACCCAAUUCCUUUAAGUGCUUCUCAUCCUAAGAUGAUCUAUGAGAGAAUAGAAUCCGCUCUUGACGAAAAAGAUUAUUAUGGUGUGAUGUCAAUAUGGAUUUAUUCUCCUGAGGAGGCCCAGCUCCCAGAUGGCGUGCUGGAUAAUUAUCAGAGGGCCGGAAUACAUAUCGUUCCCAAAGUUCCUGAGGAUAAAACUGCGAGAGUUCAUAGGAUGAUACAUGACAUGAUUUUCUUCGAAAUUGACAAUCCUGUGAGGUAUAAUGUAUCACCAAGUGUGAUCGUCAUCUCAAAUGACAUUCCAGGAAAAAUCAACUUAACCUUUUCUCUUUCCUGUUUGAAUGCGAGAUCCAUCAAUGCUUUCUUAGUUGAGCCUAAAAAGCUCCUAUUAGAUGAUGAUCUCGAGUCAUCAUUUAGGCCGGAAUGCCUAUUUGAUGUAGGUGAGAUUGUUGGCACAUACUCCCUCUCUAUCAUAAUAGAUAUGUUUUAGGAUUUUUACAUGAAUCAAG